AUGUAUACGCUUUGGCUUGUAGGAGGGAUUCUCAUCCUUCUUCUUGUUAAGAAACCACUCUUCCACGAAAGAAUUGAUGCAUCAUCAUCAUCAUCAUCUGUCACAAAGGAGUGUGAUUCCUCUUCUGGAUGGGAUUACGAGGUAUUCUUGAGUUUUAGAGGUGAGGAGACCCCCACCAACUUCACCGACCACCUCUACCACGCCCUCCGCGAUAAAGGAAUCCACACUUUUAGAGACAACGAAGAACUCCUAAUCGGAGAAGAGAUCAAUGAGGCGCUUCGCUCUGCGAUCCACCAGUCCAAAAUUGCCAUUAUCAUCUUCUCAAAAGAUUAUGCUUCCAGCAAAUGGUGCCUCCGUGAACUGGGCGAGAUUGCAAAGUGCAUGAAUAAGAAGAAAGAGGAGAACCAAAGACAAAUUUUAAAAGUGAUGCCCGUUUUCUACCAUGUACUUCCAUCGGACGUCCGAAACCAGACUGGUAGCUAUGGGAAUGCUUUUCGAGAUCACAAGAAGAAAUUCAAUCGGAGGACUGUAGAUGAGUGGAAGAAGGCUCUGAGAAAGGUUGGUGGAUUGAAAGGAUGGGAUCUGGAGAAUACUGCUGAUGGAUUUGAGCUCACAAAGCCAGGCUUUGGAUUUCUUGGAAAGUUCCGGAGGAGGGGUUGUUUGGAAAGAGCUCAAGAAUCUGAAGAUCUUCCUUUGAGGGAGGGCAGGAAUGAGAAGCCUGGAACCCAUAACACUUGGAAGAAAGGAAAAAUGAUGAAGUUUCUUAACCUUGCAUCUAAAGAUAGAAAGAUUGUGGGUAUCCAUGGCUUAGGUGGCAUUGGUAAGACAACAGUUGCCAGUUUCCGAACAAGGGGAGCUGUCCAUUUGCAAAGUCAACUUGUCACUAAUAUCUUGAACAUAGAGAAUCCAAACAUUACUAGCGUUGACCAAGGAAUUGAUGUGAUUAAGCGAAGAUUAUCCAAUAAAAAUGUUUUUAUUGUUCUUGAUGAUGUGGAUGAAAAUACUGAUUUAAAUGCAAUAAUUGGGGAGCACGAUUGGUUUGGUUUUGGAAGUAAGAUUAUUAUUACAACCAGGAAUAAGCAUAUCUUAAAUCUUCUUGAAGUAGACGGAACUUACGAGCCUGGUGAAAUGGAUUCAGACCAAUCUCUUAAACUUUUCAGCAAACAUGCCUUCAAAAUGGACCUACCUCCUGAAAAUUAUUUGGAUCUCUCAAAAGAUGUAGUAAAAAUUGCUGGAGGACUUCCUUUGGCUCUUGAGGUUCUAGGUUCGUAUUUAUUUCGCAAAGAAGAAUCAGCAUGGAAAGGCACUGUGAAGAAGUUGGCCAAAAUUCCAAAUAAUGAAGUGCAGGAGAAGUUGAGAAUAAGUUAUGUUGGAUUAAGUUAUGAAGAGAAAGAGAUGUUUCUCGACAUUGCUUGUUUUUUUAUUGGAAAGGAAAAGAAUAUUGCAUUUUACAUAUGGAAGGGCUGUGACUUUUUCCCUGAUGAUGGAAUUGUAAAUCUUUGCCAAAAGGCAUUGGUUAAGAUUGGUGAAGAAAAUGAGUUAAGUAUGCAUGAUCAGCUAAGAGAUCUCGGAAGGGAAAUUGUUCGUCAAGAAAACCUUGAGGAGCUUGAGGGACGUAGUAGAUUGUGGUCAGAUGAGGAUGUAAUGGAAGUAUUGAGUACUCAAAAGGGAACAAGCAAAGUUAAAGGACUCUGUAUUACCUUCCCUGAAUGGGGAAAUAGCCAACCUAUGAUCAUUGAAGGAUUUGGUGCAAUGACUGGACUAAGGUUACUUCAGGUCGAUUAUGCCAAGGUUGCUAGAAACUUCGAGCAUCCUUUUCCAGAACUGAGAUGGCUUAGUUGGAAAAGAUGCCCUACACAAUUUACACCAAUCAAUCUGAGGAAAUUGUGUGUUCUGGAUCUGUCUCAUAGUGACAUCACAGAAAACUGGAUGGGUUGGAACUAUAUUGAGGAGGCAACAAAUUUAGAGGUAUUGUAUCUUGAUGACUGUCCAAAUCUGAUGAAGAUACCAACUACUAUCAAUGCUCUUACAAGCCUGGAGUCACUCGGUUUAGGAAAUUGCCCUCAUCUCCAAUGCAUCCCACAUCUUCCCUCAGGUCUGAAAAGCCUUAAAGUUUGUGAUUGUGAAAACCUUAGAGAAAUAUUAGGAUUCUCGGACUUGAGAAAUUUAGAGAGAUUACGUAUUCGUAAUUGCUCCAAGCUAGAAAAAAUUGAAAGCCUUGAGGGUUUGGAUUCCCUGCAGCUGUUUGAGAUGUGGGGCUGUCACUCAUUGAGAAUAUUGCCGAAACUUCAGGGCUGCAAAAAUUUGCAGUGCUUAGAGUUCUCUGACGAUGGCUUAUCUGAGAUUGAAGGGCUUGAGGGAUUGUACUCCAUGGAAAAGUUGAGUAUUGGGUAUUGCAAAUUAUUAAGAAUAAUUCCAAAUUUAUCUGAUUCGAAGAAUCUUGUGUCAAUUGAAAUUCAGCACUGUGAUGUGUUAUCUGAGAUUGAAGGCCUUGAGGGAUUGGACUCCCUGGAGAAACUGUCUAUAUCAAAAUGCCCUUCAUUGAGAAAGAUACAACUUCCCAAAAAAUUGUGUGAAUUAGAUAUCGGAUGGUGUGACAAGUUAUCUGAGAUUAAGAGUCUUGAGGAUUUAGAAUCUUUGACAAAAUUUUCCCUCUGGGACUGCAAUUCACUCAUAAGAUUACCAGACUUAUCGAACAUGAAGACAUUAAAAGACUUAAGUUUUGAUGACUUGCCACUAGAGAUUAACUGCUUUGAGGGAUUGGAAUCCUUGGAAGAGUUAUGGAUAUCUGGAUCCAAAUCAUUUAUAGUUUUACCAGAUGUCUCGCCCUUGAAGAACCUGAAACGUCUCUCUCUCUUUGAGUCUGAGAAGUCAAUCAAUAUCCUAAGUGUUGGCAGAUUAGAGUCCUUGGAAGAAUUGAGUGUGAAAAGAUGCAAAUCAAUGGAAAUAUUACCAAAUUUCCUGAACUUAACGAAAAUAGAGAGAUUAGAAAUCGAGGAUUGUGAGAAGGUAACUGAAAUUCAGGGAGCUGAUAGGUUGGAAAUUCUAGAGGUCUUGUGUAUUGAUGGGUGCAUUUCCAUUGAAACAUUACCAUGUCUGUCAAACUUAAAGAACUUGAGGAUUCUACAUGCUGACGGCUGCAAGAAGUUAAUCGAGAUUCAAGGUAUGGACGAGUUGGAGUCCUUAGGGGAGUUGUAUAUCAACGGGUGCAUUUCUAUUGAAAGAUUACCAUGUCUGUCAAACUUAAAGAACUUGAGGGUUCUACAUGCCAACGGCUGCAAGAAGUUAACCGAGAUUCAAGGUGUGGAUGAGUUGGAGUUCUUAGGGCAGUUCGUUGUUAUCAGUGGGUGCAUUUCUAUUGAAAGAUUACCAUGUCUGUCAAACUUUAAGAAGCUGAAGAGGCUAACAGCUUACAACUGCAAGAAGUUAACCGAAAUUCAAGGUUUGGACGAGUUGGAGUCCUUAAAGGAGUUGUGUAUUGACAGGUGCAUUUCUAUUGAAAGAUUACCAUGUCUGUCUAACUUAAAGAACUUGAAGACUCUACGUGCUGUCGGCUGCGAGAAGUUAACCGAGAUUCAAGGUGUGGAGGAGUUGGAGGUGUUCUUAUUGGAAUUCUAUGAAGCGAAGUUUAUAAAAUUAAUCGUUACUAAAGUUUGGGGUGAAUUACAAAAGAACCCCUUGACUGGUUCAGACGACAUGAUGGUCGGAGGAAUGGAUUAUCACGUAGAAAAAAUGAUGAAGUUGAUGUUCGAGAAACUUGCACAACAAGGGGAAUUGUCCAUCUACAAAAGCCAACUUCUCACUAAUAUCUUGAACCUGGAGAAUCCAAACAUUACUAGCGUUGGUCAAGGAAUUGAUACAAUUAAGCAAAGAUUAUUCAAUAAAAAAGUUCUCAUUGUUCUUGAUGAUGUGGAUAGAGAUACUAAUUUAAAUGAAAUAAUCGGGAAGGGUGAUUGGUUUGGUAUUGGAAGCAAGAUUAUUAUUACAACCAGGGACAAGCAUAUCUUUGAUGUUCUUGGAGGAGUAGAACCUUACGAGCCCAAUGUAAUGGAUCCAGAUCAAUCACUUCAACUUUUCAGCAAACAUGCCUUCAAAAUGGACCAACCUCCAAAAAAGUAUUGGAAGCUCUCAAGAGAUGUGGUAAACACUACUGGAGGACUUCCUUUGGCUCUUCAGGUUAUAGGUUCAUAUUUAUGUUGCAUGGAAGAAUCUGCAUGGACUGACGCAGUGAAGAAGUUGGGCAACACUCCACACAAAACAGUGCAAGAGAAGUUGAGAAUAAGCUAUGAUGGAUUAGAUCAUGACGAGCAACAGAUGUUUCUUGAUAUUGCUUGUUUUUUUAUUGGAAAGAAAAAAAAUAUUCCAUUUUACAUAUGGAAGGGCUGUGAUUUUUUCCCUGAAUUAGGAAUUGAAAUUCUUUGCCAAAAAUCACUGGUUAAGAUUGAUGAAAAAAAUGAGUUAUGGAUGCAUGAUCAGUUAAGAGAUCUCGGAAGGGAAAUUGUUCGUCAAGAAAACCAUGAGGAGGUUGAGGGACGUAGUAGAUUGUGGUCGAAAAAGGAUGUAGUGGAAGUAUUAAGUACUCAAAAGGGAACAAAGAAAGUUAAAGGACUGUGUGGGAAAUAUAGCAGCAGAUUGAUCAUUGAAGGAUUUGGUGAAAUGAGUGGACUAAGCUACAAAGCAUUGUCAUGCUCUGAUGAUCAGAUGACAAAGGUUGGCAUGGUGAAGGUAUCUGCUGCGACCUUAAUGGCAGCAAAAUGCCAAGAUGCUAUAGUGACAAAGGAGGUAGAGCACAAGCACCUUGAAUAUGUCAUUAGCUCUGCCAUUAAGCCAUUAAGGGAUGAUUGUUAG